GGUGAAAGGUGAAGGAUAGACAUCACUCUACUCAUUGGCAAUAUUUCAUCUACAGUUAUCAAUAUUAGUGGGAGCACAGACACUUGUGCUAUCCUUUUUCUGUAUAUAUAUAUAUAUACCUAGCGGAAAGCGUUUGAGAAUCUCACAUGUCGGUUUCCAAUGGGGGGGGUGAUCAUACCAGCAACUUACUUGCAGUUAAGCCCUCCACUCCACUGUUAACUAAGCGCCCUGUACUUCGACCUUAUCGUCUUAGUGCAAUUUCCACAGGGUCAUCUUCUUUACGUACCCCUCUUAGGGUAGCGGUGAGGGAUCAUGCGGCACCUAGAACUACCAAGAAAAAGAAUGACAGCGCCGUAACUAGAUACGAGUCUGCAUGUAUAAGUGGUGGGGACAGUUCUUGUCUCGCAUCAGAUGGGCCCUCAGGGGGUGCACCCUUACUCUCACCUGCGCGCCCCCAAAGCUCCUUCGAGAGCCUGCUGCAGUACCUCAUCGAUGUAGAUGAACAGUUGUUAGAUGACAACGUUGUGCGCAUAGUGAAGACAGCAUUGACACGACUAAAAGGGCCUCAACGCCCCCUUCCUGGUCCUAGGCCACUUACACACUCAUGGCUAUCAUCACAGUCACCGCUUGAGGAAGCCGUUGUGGAGUGCUUGUGCAAAGCAUGUCAGGCUGCAACAGACGAUGCCGCUGUGAACGUUCUCUCCAGUUUCUAUUUAAAACACAGCACAGGUAGUUCAGGGAGUGGGGACCCUGCGGCGUGCUCGCCACCCAUGUGUCCUGUAGUCGCAGCCUUAGCGCAAUUGCGGCUUCAGAAGGUCCUGUGCGACCCGCGCCGCGACGCUGGUGAUGCCAUGGACGACUGCCUGAGGCAGUUGGACGCUGUUGUUGGGUUUGGCCACCCCGGUGCAAUGGUCAGCAUUGCUCUCUGUCUGAAGAACGGGCUCGGGGUCCCUUCGGAUCUUGAAGCGACCUUGAUGUGGCUGUGCAAGGCAGCACAGCUAGGAUACAUUCCAGCAAUGCACGAGUUGGGCAUAUUGUACGAACAAGGGGCUAUUGUAGGACCUGCAGUGCUGGAAGAGGACUGGGGUGAAGCAAUGGGGUGGUAUCGGCGCGCUGCCGCGGCUGGGCAUGUACCGUCUCAGCUCAAUCUAGGCAAGCUGAUCUUAUCUGCUGCUCAGAAGCAGGAAGCGACCAGCAUAGUUAGUGCUUUGGAGAUUCAGCACAUGACCUCGAAGUCUCGAGAAUGGCUGGGGCGUGCCGCGAGGAGUGGCUGUGAGGAGGCGAUUCGGCUUCUCGAACGCAUUUAG